UUUAUCGAUACAUCGAUUUAGUUCUCACAACUCUAAGCCGAUUUAGUUAUCAAAAGACAGAUGUUUAUAUAGUAUUUCUUCCGAAAUUGCUGUUUUCUUAAAAAACUAGACAAUAAGCAUGGGUUGCAAUGACGUCGCCUCAGUUGCGAAACUGGAAAAGCACUUGGCACUUUUAAAAGAAGAAUACACCAAACUGCAGCGCAGCCAUGCAGAAUUGGAAAGAAAGUAUAACGAAGUUGUUGCAUCAAGCGAUAUUGAAGCAACAGGAGAGUUUAGUAGUUUUGUGUCGCGACUGGCACUAACGGCAUCUUCGUUGUAUGGUCGUUCCACAUAUUCGGAUCUAAACAUCAAAACCAAUACAAAUGGGACACUUAUGCCUGCACAUAAAUUUGUGCUACAUGCUCGUUCCGAAAAGUGGCGUGACGAGGUGUUGGCCAGUGCCAAAGAGCUGGACUGGAGUGAUCUGGAUGAAGAUAUAGCAACAGCGCUCUUGCGUUGGAUAUAUACCGAUGUUGUUGAUCUACAACACGACCGACUGACAUUGGGUCUUUUGCGAGUCGCCCAUCGUUUCUCUUUGCCUGCCCUCCUCGGGCUCUGUGAAAGAGCAUUGGUGUCUUCAGUUGGUGUCCGAUCGUGUGUGCGUUUUUACUGCGUUGCCGAAGAAGUCGGUGCAUCGGCUCUGUUGGAGUUCUGUUCAGGUAUUAUAUCCACGCACUGGGAAGAUUUGACACCACAGGACUUUGAACACAUGUCAGGACCACUACUCUACAAAAUGCUCAAAAACAAAACAAAGUAUCCCCUACAUGCGGCUGUCAGGCUGCUGCGAGAAGAUGUCGUCUUUUUGUGCCUUGUUGAAAAUGAUACUGUGCUACCAGAAUUGGUUAACAGCUUGUCAGAAAAUGGACAGCUGCCAUUACAAAUGGCAUUAUCUGCGAAAAAUAUUCCCAUUGCUCAGACUCUUGUGAAAAACGGAUCUGCUAAUCUAAACGCAUAUGAUGCUAACGGAUUAACGCUGCUUAUGGACGCUGUUAAGAGAGCUGAUCAUUUUGCAGCCGAUUUUCUUUUAAGCCAAAACUGUCUUGUUGAUCCUUUGUCCAGGCCUUCGUCAGAUUCUGCACUUCAUAUUGUAUGCAGCUACGGAACCAACAGCGAUCGUAACGAAUUAUCUCAAAUGAUCGAUAUCGGAACGAAAAUUUUGCAUCGCAAGCCGAAUGUUAACAUUCAAAACCUACUGGGCCAGACACCACUUCAUAUAGCGAUCACUUUCCGAAAUACUGAAAUGGUAAAUCUGCUGCUUGAUGUGCCUGAUAUAAACAUCAAUCUACACACGAAUGACGAAAAAAGUCCCCUCGAAUUAAGUUUAACAUUAUUUAACGAGGAAAGCUUUAGCAUUGCUUCAAAACUUUUGAAGAUGGGAGCAAACCCCGAUCCCUUAAAAUCAAAAACAAACGAUAGCCUCUUGCAAGUGCUUAUCCUGAACGGAAGUGAAUUUGAAAAUGCUGCCAUAUUCUUAGCUGACUUUGCUAACCUUGAUCACCUGAAUGACAGUGGGAUGACCGCCAUUCAUCUUGCUGCCAAACAGAAUAUGCCGUUACUAGCUGCCAAGCUUCUAACGGCAGGAGCAUCGCCAAGUGUACAAACGAGUACUGGAGGCAUGAAAUCGCCCCUGCAUAUUGCUGUUGAGGUAAAUGCCCUACAAGUUCUUGAGGCGAUCUGCAAUUUUCGAAAAGAUGACUCUGAGCCAAUUGAUUUCAACUGCAAGGAUGAUUUUGGUGAAUCACCUCUCAGUCUUUGCUUAGCCUUACACAGAAUGGAAUUGGCACCAAUACUGAUCGCAGGAGGAGCAGAUGUCAACGCGAGGAAUGGCCACGACUUGACUCUGCUACAUCAAUGUAUUCUUAACGGUGACAACGAGAAAGCAAUAUUUUUACUGGAUCAGGGUGCCGAAAUAAACGCGCUUACCGGUGAACAAAAGUCAGCGCUACAGUUGGCUAUAGACUGUCAUUUGCCCAAAGUUGUAGAUGCGCUUUGCAUCAAGGGAGUAGAUCUUGGUACAUUGGAUAAAAAUGGAGAUCCACCAUUGUGGACAGCAUUGGAUUUGGGAUACGAGGAUGUGGCACAGAUUUUGAUACGUCAUGGAGUUGAUACCGACUGCUGGAGUCAAGGGCCUGAAGGCUGCCAGCAAACGCUUCUUCACCGUGCAAUCGAUGAAAACAAAGAGUUAAUUGCAAUGUUUCUCGUUCAAAAUCAAUGCGACUUAGACUCGCCCCGUCAACUGGGACCCAAUGGAGAGGGAAGCGACGAAGCACGUGACAAAGCCUCGCCCUUACAUCUCUGUUGCCAAUGGGGCUUAACUAAGGUUGUUCAAGCGUUAAUUGAUCACGGUGCUAAUGUAAACGCUUUAGAUGUUGACAACAAAUCGCCAGCGCACAUAGCUAUUGAGAACCAACAUGAAGAUAUUAUAAAUAUUCUUCUCUGCCAUCCUAGUAUUGACUUAAAGGUUCGAGAUAAAUCCGGACUCACGCCUUUUGCAACUGCUUUGGCCAUACGGAAUCACAAAGCUGCACAGCGCAUUCUCGAACGGCUUCCAAAUGCAGCUGAAAUUAUGGAUCAGCGAGGACGUAACUUCCUGCAUAUAGCUAUCAUCAAAGAUGAUUUAGAAAGUGUCCUUUUCUUGUUGGCCAUAUUGGUGGACGUAAACUCGCGCGUACAUGACGCAUAUCAAUCAACUCCACUUCAUCUAGCAGCUGCAUCGAAAAAUGAAAUGAUUAUUCGCAACUUAAUUUUAGCAGGCGCACGAAUCAAUGAACGAGAUGCUGUUCAAAAGAUGCCUCUUCAUAUAGCUAUUGAGCGUGGAAACAUUUCGGCUGUCUCAGCGAUGAUUCAAAACAACGCUGACUUUGACGCAACUGAUGCUGAUGGAAACAACGCUCUCCAUCUUGCGGUGCACGGUGGACAGCUGGCGAUAGUCCGAGAACUGUUAACGGAAUCGCGGGUAAACGCCGAAGCCACCAAUGCAAAGGGUCGAAAUCCUUUGCAUGAGCUAUGUAGAGUUGGCGAAGACAAUAACGGAGCAGCAAUUUGCGAACUAUUUUUGGAAUGUAUGCCAAAGUAUCCAAUUAACGUUCCUGAUAUGGACGGAAACACUCCACUGUUACUUUCAUAUAUGCGAGGUCAAGCACCACUUUGCAAGGUUCUAGUGAAAGCUGGCGCCUGUCUUGGGGCUCAAAAUCGCGAAGGGAUUAGUAUUUUCAAUUACAAACUAGCUACUGAUCAAUUGCUAAGCAAAUUGCUAGAUCAAUUGCCAAAAGAGUCCCCGUGGUCGGAAUCUGAGUUGUGCCAAGAUUGUGGUUCAAAGUUUUCACUUACCAUGAGGAAACACCAUUGUCGCCAUUGCGGGCGAGUUCUUUGCUCUAAAUGUUCAAAUAACGAUGUUCCCAUUCUUAAAUUUGGCAUAAAUAAACCUGUACGUGUUUGCAACAUCUGCUUUGAUGUUCUUCAUGGAGGAAGUUGAAACGAUUUGGAAUACAUAUAUAAUAUGCCAUUAGGCGAUAUUAUUAGAAUUGGAAAUCAAAACUGAACUCCGCGGAAAACUAUAACAACAAUCGUGGGAUUGUCAUCUUUUAUUCUAUUGCAGUAUACAUUAUUCGUCAACCAGUUAUCCAUUGAAUGAAUAUCGUUUUAACUCAGUUCGAUUCGAAGCAAUCGUAAUUAAAAAUAUUUGUAAUUUGAAUAACCCAAAUUAUUAACUUGGACUAUCAAUAAAAUGUUAUUUAUACGAGUA